UCCACCUGAAGUUCAAGCUCGCUUUCGUGAAGCAAUGCCUGAUCCAGCUCCUGAAGAAUAUCAUACUGUAUCACUUAUUGACCAUGUUGGAAGACAAUUAAUUUGUAUACCACAACAAAAAUAUGAGAGCAUUUAUGAAUUAAAGUCUCUUAAACAUGAUUUCGCUGGUAUAAUUACAUAUCGUAAUAAAUUACGCGAUGUUUUAUUGGAAGGUGUUGAUAUCCAAUGGGGUAAAAAAUGUGUUGGAUAUGAAGAAAGUGAUGAUGGUAUUUGGGCUCUAUUUGAUGAUGGAACUAGAGAAUUUGGUACUUUAUUAAUUGGUGCUGACGGAAUUAAUUCGUCAAAUGUUGCUAUACCAAAAAAUAUGGCUGAAAAAUUGCUGGCUUUUUACAACAAUGCAUUAAUGCAAAAAUCUGUUGGUAUAAAUGGUGAUACGUUCUUUUCAGCUAUGCGUUUGAUACCAAUCGAUCAAUCCGUUGAUGAUGAUGAUCCUGAAUCCGUUAUGAAACAUACAAUUUCAAGAAUCAAACAAUUACGUCCACCUUGCGAAUUGACGGAUCUUAUGGUCGACAUUUUUUCGUUGGUUCCAACCUCUGAUCCAGGAGAGAAGUAUCCGUUUCGAGUGUAUAAUGCUCCACGACGUCGUCCGCUUCGUGAUAUUGAUCCAUCAUCUGUCCCUCCCUGGAAAAAUGAUAGAGUCAUUUUGUUAGGCGAUGCAGCUCAUGCUAUGAAUCCAAUAUUAGGAUUAGCUCGAUCAUCUAAAGGCGUUCAGUCAUCACGUAAUGCAGCACUAAGGCAAAAAGUUCCAAUUGGAACUUUUG